UUAAACAAUCUUUAACGCGUGGAGGCGUUCUCUAUGAGUUUGUACCAUUGGGGGUCUAUGGACAUGCCUUCUGAAACAUUAAUUAAGUUUUCUUUAGGGUGUUUUUUGAUUUCUAUGUGUUCUUUAAAUUUUCUUUUAUAUGUGUCUUUUUCUACAUGUAACACUUUUGUAUUGUUUUUAUUAAUUUGGCAAUUAUAGUCUAUUGUGUGGUAGUACCAGGGGAAAGUGUUAUGUUUUAGGCGGAUGGCUGCCAUAUGUUCUUUAAUUCUGGUUUCUAGUGACCGGCCUGUUUCACCAAUAUAAGUUUUUGGAUUUUGACAGUUGCAUUCAAGUUUGUAAACAGUUCCUAUAGUUUUAAGGGCAUUUAGUUUGUUGUUAUGUUGUUUAUUAAUGUCAUAAUGGAUACUAUGAGAUAUUUUGUUGGUCAAAGAUGGAGCCAAACUGAUAUUGUCUUUUUUUAAUGACUUAUUACAGCCUUCAAAAAUGUUUUUUAUAUAUGGGAAGGUUUUGUAUUUUUUGUCGGAUUUAUAUUUUGUGUUAAAUCUAUUUUCCCAGUAUUGCUUUUGCCAUGUGUUUAAUUUCGAAUUAGGAUAGUCGUUAAGUAAAAAUUUAGUUUCAAGCUCUUUUAUUUUUAUUUUUUGCCAUUUGUUAUCAGAUAUUCUGGUAUAUGUUUCUGGUAUAUAACUUGCCCAUCGAUAAUAUAACAACAAACAUAAUAGCCGAUAUUGACAAAAGCGUAAAAGACUUAACUAUUAAAAAAGAAGAAAAAGGAAAUUUACUUACAACGAUCAUUCAAAAUCUAAUGCAUCUAAAACAAAACAAUAAACACAGAAUCAACAAAUAUAAAAUUUUUUUACAUAAUACAAUAAAUUUCCUUAAAACGAAUAAUCUCUCAAUAAUUAAAGCAGACAAAACUGACCAACUGAUAAUCAUUGACAAUAAUAAUUUACAACAGAAGACUAUAGAGCAGAUUAAUAACAUAAAUUAUAUUAAAUUAAACAAUAACCCAUACGAAGAUAUUAAAAAGGAACUAAUUAAUUUGGUCAAAAACAUAUACGCAAAUAAUAAUUUAAGUGAAAACAAUAAAAAUUAUAUCCUUAAUUUCAAAAACAACAGAACACCCAAACUAAACAUAAGAUUAAAAACCCACAAAAAUGAAGAAAAAUUCAGACCUUUAGUAGACUUCAAAUUUUCCAUACUUUACAACUUAGAACAAUAUAUCAAGCAACAAUUAACAAGCAUCGAUCUGUCUAAAUACACCGUAAAAAACGCGGAUGAUGUUAUAAAUAGGUUACUGAAAAUACAGAAAAGUAACACUGACACACUAAUCAGCCUAGAUGUCAAAAAUAUGUACCCAAAUAUAAAAUGGAAAUUAAUAGAGGAAAGCCUAACCAUGUUAAAUGUAGAUAAAACUUUAAUUAAUCUAAUACACUUCGCAUACACCAGAAACUAUUUUCAAGCCAAUACUAACUUCUAUAGACAGGUAGAUGGCAUCAGUAUGGGAUCAAAGAUGGGACCCAAAUUAGCCGAAUUAGCUAUGAUAAACAUAGAUGAAAAAAUAAAUAAUAUCCCAGGCAUAAAACUUGUAAUGAGAUACGCAGACGACUACUUAAUAAUAUACAAUAAUAGAAUAACAAACGAUAAUACUAUUCUGAACACUGCUAACAAAUUUAACGAAAAUAUUCAAUUCGAUAUUGAAAUAGAAAACAAUAAAAAAAUUAAUUUCCUCGACAUAACAAUCAUGAAUACACUUAAUAAUUUCUCUUUCAUCACAUACAAAAAACCAUGUAACGUUAAUAAAACUAUCAACUACUACUCACAUGUCCCAGAAUAUAUAAAAAGGAAUAUUUAUACCAUGGAGUUAAAAAACAUAUAUACCAGAAUAUCUGAUAACAAAUGGCAAAAAAUAAAAAUAAAAGAGCUUGAAACUAAAUUUUUACUUAACGACUAUCCUAAAUCGAAAUUAAACACAUGGCAAAAGCAAUACUGGGAAAAUAGAUUUAACACAAAAUAUAAAUCCGACAAAAAAUACAAAACCUUCCCAUAUAUAAAAAACAUUUUUGAAGGCUGUAAUAAGUCAUUAAAAAAAGACAAUAUCAGUUUGGCUCCAUCUUUGACCAACAAAAUAUCUCAUAGUAUCCAUUAUGACAUUAAUAAACAACAUAACAACAAACUAAACGCCCUUAAAACUAUAGGAACUGUUUACAAACUUGAAUGCAACUGUCAAAAUCCAAAAACUUAUAUUGGUGAAACAGGCCGGUCACUAGAAACCAGAAUUAAAGAACAUAUGGCAGCCAUCCGCCUAAAACAUAACACUUCCCCCUGGUACUACCACACAAUAGACUAUAAUUGCCAAAUUAAUAAAAACAAUACAAAAGUGUUACAUGUAGAAAAAGACACAUAUAAAAGAAAAUUUAAAGAACACAUAGAAAUCAAAAAACACCCUAAAGAAAACUUAAUUAAUGUUUCAGAAGGCAUGUCCAUAGACCCCCAAUGGUACAAACUCAUAGAGAACGCCUCCACGCGUUAAAGAUUGUUUAAAUCACAACCCCCGUGUACGGAAUGUGGGUAACUGUUUAUAUAACAUUACUUGUCGGUAUUCUGUUACUAAGCGAACAACGGAUAAGACCAGUUGUUAAAAAUGUUUUGUACUAUGUUCCUUUUUGUAUUCGGAAAUAAUACAUUCUAACUAAAAUGCUAUGCCAUACUACUAUGUAAUCAAAAAAUUUUGUAAAAUACAUCUAUGCUGUACCAUUAUAUGUCAAGUAAGCAAUUUUAUGUUAUCAUCACCUCGCGUUUUUAGUUAUGUUCCUACUAACCAAUACCGUAAAACUAACCUUAAAUUAUAUUUUUUUGUGUAAUCUUAACAGCACUGAAGAGGGGUUGGGAUUUUAAGCCAACCCGAAAUGCAUAUGAAUUAGGAAUUUUUUAAAUAAAACGUACGUUUUCUAACCAAUUGCUGUCCGUUCGUCUACCAACUCGUUUUGGAUUACACAGACGCUACACACUGCAUUUGAUGAUACAGCAACCACGUCCUCUACAUUUAAUUUUAGUUUUGUUUUGGUUUGCUAUGCCUUGACUCUGGUCCAG